AUGCAUCAACCACUGUAUCAACAGAGAUAUGCUAAUGAAAGUACACAAGCCAUAAACAAAUUUUUUUUUUGCAAAACUUUGAUCGCAAGUGAUACAAGCACUCAUGGAGGAUUUUCGAUUCCUCGUCGGGCCGCUGAAAAGAUCUUCCUACAACUUUCAAUUUUUCUUUAUUUUUCCAUAGGAUUUUCUUUGCAGUCGCCUGCACAAGAGCUUGUGGCCAGAGAUUUACACGACAAUGUGUGGACGUUUCGCCAUAUCUAUCAUGGUCAACCAAAACGUCACUUGCUUACAACCAGUUGGAGUCUCUUUGUUAGUGGGAAGAGGCUUUUUGCAGGAGACUUGAUCUUGUUUAUUAGGGAUGAAAAACAAAAGCUUCUUUUGGGUAUUAGACGAGCUAACAGACAACCAGCAAAUUUAUCAUCAUCGGUUUUGUCCAGUGAUAGUAUGCAUAUUGGCGUAUUAGCUAUUGCUGCCCAUGCAGCUGCAAACAACAGCCCUUUUACUGUGUUCUAUAAUCCAAGGUAAACUAAAUUUAGUUUCAAAUUAUAAUUACGUAUUUAGUUAACAAUGUAAAUAACAUCCAGGCAAACAGGAGCAAAAUUCCACUGUAUACGAAAACGUUCAAACUAACAGCAUUUUACAAAUCAAAUUAACAUACUUCUACCAGUAACUUCCCAAAUCCGAAACAACAACUUA